CCCUAGGAGCGCUUUCUCUUCCUCUCUGCCUCUCCCCCCAAAUAUAACUAAUGGCCUACGCGGUCUCCGACACCGAUCAGUAUUGCAAAGACUGCAAAAGAAUCACACAGACCGUCUUGGACCACCGACAAGGCGACACUAUCUGCUCCGAGUGCGGUUUGGUUCUCGAAGCCUACUUCGUCGACACCACCGCCGAGUGGCGAACCUUUGCCGACACCGAAAACGACCACGACCCUCAACGCACCGGCGACGCCGUCAAUCCUCUUCUCCACAACGGCGGCCUCGGCACCAUGAUCUCCGACGCCAAAAACAACGUCGUUGGCUCUAACCAAUCGAGAAGUCUCGGCCGGGUUAACAAGAUGGUGCAGAAGCAGCAAAACCCUGAUAGGUCUCUCACCCAAGCUUUCGCCUCCAUCGCUUCGAAAGCUAGCAUGUUAGGGCUUAUGAACACAGUGGUUUCUCGUGCUCAACAGAUUUACAAGGAGGCAGAUGAUAAAAAGUUUUGUAGGGGAAGAAAAGACGAGGCCUUGACGACGGCUUGUCUAUUCCUUGCUUGCCAGGAGGAGGGCUUUCCCCGAACCCUAAAGGAAGUCGCCACGGUUGGGAAUGGGGCCACUAAGAAAGAGAUUAACAAAAUCAAGGAACAGUUGAAGAAAGUAUUGGAGAUUGAUAGCAAAAUCAUACAUGCCGAGGACCUUACGCGGCGGAGUUGCUCUUCCAUUGGUAUGAAACAUCAAGGGAUGAAGGCGGUGAACGAGACACUGGAGAAGUUGAAGGAGUAUGAUAUAAGGAGGACCCCCAAGUCGGUUUUGGCUGCGGUUAUGUACAUGAUGGUGCAGCUCUCAAACGACGUGACAAGCCUUAAAGAGGUAUCGCAAGCCGCUGAUGUUGCGGUAGGAACCACUAAAAAGACAUACAAGGAUCUUUAUCCCUAUGCUUCAAGGAUAAUACCCAGCUGGUUCGCCAAGUUGGAGGACAUCAAGAAACUUCGCAUCCCUUGAAGGAUAACUAGAUCUAGGUAACCUCUUGAUGUUUCCUCUGUCAUCGAUCCUGUAAAUGCUCAUUAGGGACUAGGGAGGGGUGACUAGUCGGCUAUACGUUGGACUCGGUCCGCCUGUGAAUCAGCCCUGAAUACAGAGCAUUAAAGCAAGA